GGUCCGGGGCGGUGCGCGGCGGCCCUUUAUAGGAGCGCGGCGGGGCGCGGGGGCAGCGCGGCACCAUGGAGUACGCGGGCGCGGAAGCGGACUACUACUACGGGGAGGAGGAGGGCAACGAGACGGGGGAGGCGUGCGAGUGGCAGGCGGACUGGGAGGCGUCCUUCUCGCUGCUGCCCGUGCUCUACAUGCUGGUCUUCGUGCUGGGGCUGUCCGGCAACGGGCUGGUGCUGCUGACGGUGUGGCGCGGCCCGCGGGCCAAGCGCCGCUCCGCCGACGCCUACAUCGGGAACCUGGCGCUGGCCGACCUGGCCUUCGUGGUGACGCUGCCGCUCUGGGCCGCCUACACGGCGCUGCGCUUCCACUGGCCCUUCGGCGCGGCGCUCUGCAAGCUCAGCAGCUACCUGGUGCUGCUCAACAUGUUCGCCUCCGCCUUCUGCCUGGGCGGCCUCAGCGCCGAGCGCUACCGCGCCGUGGCCCGCGCCGCGCCGCCGCCCCGCGCCGCUCCGCGCCGCCCCGCCGCUGCCGCGCUGGGCCCGCUGGCGGCGCUCUGGGCGGCGGCGGCGGCGGCGGCGCUCCCCGCGCUGCUGCUGCGCGAGGCGCGGCGGGGGCCGCGCAACCGCACGCUCUGCGACCUGGAGCUGGGCGGCGCGGCGCGGGCGGCGGCGGCGCUCAGCCUGGGCACCACGGCGCUGGGCUUCGCGGCGCCGCUGCUGCUGAUGGCCGUCUGCUACUGCUGCGUGGGCGCCGCCGUUCGCCGCCACCUGCGCCCGCGGCGCGCCGAGGCGGCGGCGCGGCGGCGGCUGCUGCGGCUCAUCGCCGCGCUGGUGGCCGUCUUCGCCGGCUGCUGGCUGCCCUUCCACCUGCUCAAGAGCCUCUUCGUGCUGGCCGCCGCCGGGCUGCUGGAGCUGCCGUGCGCGCUGCUCGGCCUCAUCUCCCGCCUGCACCCCUACGCUACCUGCCUCGCCUACCUCAACAGCUGCCUCAACCCGCUGCUCUACGCCUUCAUCGACGGGCGGUUCCGCGCCCAGUGCCGCCUGCUGCUGGGGCUGCGUGGGGCGCGCCGCCCGCCCGCCGCCGCCGCCUCCUCCACGCUCAGCGGCCAGACUCAGCGCUCCGAGGUGCCUUCGGGGGGCACCAAGGUGUAGCUGCCGCAGCCCCGCCGCUCCCCAAUAAACGCCCGUUCCGCGGUCGUAGCCUGCUCCGUUCUUCGUCCGGCUCCGCCCGAAGGGGCGGGUUGGCGGGCGGUGCCCCGGCGCGGCGCGUCCUGCCCGGCAGCCCGCAGCCCCCGGCUGCUUCCCGCUCCGCUCCCCGCAGGCAGCGGCCCCGGAGCUCCCGAGGGAGGGUUGAGACCGGGGCGGUCGGGGCCCCGCGCCGAGGGCCUCGGGUCGCCUUGGGAACUCCGCCAGCCUUUCCCCACCGGCCCCCGUACGGUGCCGGCUGCUGAGGCUGCUCCGCGCGGGGCUCGGGCCAUGCGUUCCCGGCCGGGGGCGUCCCCUGCAGCCGGUGUGUCCCAGCGGGGCCGCUGCCGUGCGUGGGAAUGCUUCAGGCCGCUCUGCACAGCACGGGCACGGCCGCUGUGUGCGGGCCACCGCGCUGGUCGUGCCGGUGCCGCCUGUUUGUCCCGGGACUGUUUGUCCUGUUUGUCCCUGCAGCUGGCCGCUGCAGCCAU